ACGUUCAAAAGUUAAAGCGAGAAAAUAGUUUUGCACUACAAGAUAUUAACAGAGGAACUGAACGUGCACAAUUUGCUUAUAUUAUGGGAACAUUUAUAACUGCCUUAGAUAUGAUCGGAUCGAAACUGAUCGAAGUUGCUGGCAAUGAUCUUAGAUGA